CGCGUGGUGUGGCAGAUGUUUCCUUUACCAGUCUAGGCGUGGAAGGUCUCACACUCAGGGAUCGCAUCUCUCAUUGUUGAGGACAUCGACGAGAAAUCCCUGUUGUUGUUGUUUUCCUCGAUCCUGUAAACGCCUGCUUUUCCUUAAUUUUUCUGAACUACGACAGCUUUUUUACCGGCUGAACUGCCUGUAAACUGCAGGUCCUUCCGUGUGGAAGCCGUCCGGAAACCAGAGGUACUCCGAAACGUGGUGUCACGCUCUUUAAGCGCGAAAGCGUUGUCGUGUCGGCCGCCAGUGAAAACGACAACUUCCGUGGGGUUUUUUCUUCACAAAAUGCGUGCACGCUGUUGACAAGUCCGCGACAAGUGAGCCACGCAGGAGUGCUUUGAAAAACAACAAAGGAAACGUUGGCGAGGGCCUCGUGCAGUCGGACGUCUGCGGAGUCUGUGCGGACUGACUAAGGAGGGGAAGAAAGAAUUUUCCCCCCCCAACGCAGGCAAAUAGAAGGAUUUCGUCGUCGGUUUGCUGCUGAACAAAGAAGAGGAAAGAGGUUAUGGCGGUCAAUCCGGUUCUGGCGCAAGAUGCGUCGACAAAGGAGACCUUCCCGCUGCCCGUACCAGGCGAAGUGUUCUUCCUCAAGAGGGCACACAUCGACUUCAAGCUCACAGGACCGACCACUCUGAAGGCUAACGGCGGGGAGUUCUUUCUCAGUAGUCGCCGGAUUGUUUUCGUCAAGAAAGGCGACGUCAACAAACACAAAGACUUCUCUUCCUUCGAGAUCCCCUUGCACUUGAUUUCAGAGCCCAAAUUCGAGCAACCAAUUUUUGGCGCGAACUACAUGCGCGGCAAAGUCGAGCCUCUAGAGUCCUCUGAGAAUCCGAUCAGCGGCACAUCGAAGUGGUUCCUGACCUUCAAUGCAGGAGGUUGCGGGACCUUUCUAAAUGUCUUUUUCAAGCUUUGGCAGUACGCCGUCAAACAUCAGCCUCCAAGUCAAGAGCUCGUUCAACAGCUGCAACUCGGAAACGGCGCGGCCUUCGUCGACCCCAAUGACCCCUCAACGAUUUAUGUAACGCAGCCCGUGCCGACAACUCCGCCUGCGGCAGCUGCUGUGCCCACUGGCAUUCCGCCAGCCUAUCAGACCCCACCUCCUGGCCCCUACUACCCUUCUCCGGGCCAAUCACCCCAGUACUACCCGCCCCCAGGGGGGCCUUACCCACCCCCAGGGGCGCCUUAUCCUCCGGCCUAUGGGGGCCCGCUUCCACAGUCUCCGCCAGGUCAAGCUCCCCCAAAUCCUCAUGCCCCGGGCUACAUACCCCCAGGGCCCUACCCUUUCCCGCCUCCAAGGGCGUACCCGCCUGGCGGGCCUCCCUCCGGGGUACCUGACGCCCAAGUGUCUCCUCCGGGUCAGCCGACUAGCCAGCCGCCGGGGCAGUAGAGGGUCGCAAAGCCAGGACGGAAAACGAUUGGAACACGAGGGUAGGGGGAUUCGUGAAAACGUAGGGAGCGGCGGGUGAGAGCGAGAAGAGCAGAAGCCAGAGGGAAGCAGAAAAGACAUGAACCAUCUGAUGACUCAACGGAAGCAAAAAAACGAGCAGCACACGAGAGCAUGCAAGGAAUAGGGAGAGAUGCAGCCUGGCAUUUACUGCCGAGGGAACCUGAAAAUGACUUCGUAUGACGAAACACGGUUUUCAGCACCGGAGAGAACACCCGACGGUUAUGCUUUAAGUGGUGCUUGAGAAUCAAUGAGCAACCUGGUAGAUUCAUAUGAAUUUGCAGACCGGCACUUACUCAUGCGUGGGCGUAACUCCACCGAACAGACGUGCAUAAAUUAUGUAUAUAUUUAUAUAUAUGAACUGUCGUGUUCGUGUGCAGUCAUUUCUGCAAGCGCCAGCGUGCACAUAUAUAUAUAUAUAUAUAUAUAUAUAUGUACAAAUAUAAAUGUAUGUGUGUUUAUAUAUAUACGAAUAUCUAUAAUCCAAGUAGUAUGCUGAUAUGAGUCGGCAUUUCCGCAAAUGUAAGUGCGUACGGAAAGUUCCGAGACGCCACAUGGCAGGAAGGACCACAAAGAGUGAAAAGCUCAGUGUUUUUCUUUUUGGAAAAGUGGAAGACGUGCACUUUUAUCGACAGAGCACCACGUUGCCGUUUCUGAGUUCGGUUUUGAAUCUGGAUUGGAGGCACAACUGAACGCAAGCGAGUGUCAGGUCACAGUUUCUGGCGGGUUUCAUGUGACUCCUCGCCUCCCCACACUUCCGCAUUCUCUCGACCCAGUUUUUUCACUUGCGAGGAAGAGGGUGAAGUCUCCCACAGAAACACGACUCGCUGGAGACUUUUUCUCAGAGGUUAUGGUGGUUGGUCCUCGAUGAAAAAAUGUAUAAAUUGCUUAUCUCGAAUUGGUGUGUAACGGGACCAGCCAAAUAUGAGACAACGAAGUCGGACAUUAUUGACUUCACUUGUGCCUUUGCGUUUACCUUACACAAAGAGAUUUUCCCGGGGAGUAUAUAACGUGAGUUCCACCACUUACUUUGCUCUUCACUGUCUUUGCGUAUCGGAUUCAACUUCCCUCCUAUCCACGUGAUCCGGGGAAGCACGCUGUAAAUAUGCACUCAGAAACCUUACGAAUGCACGCGACGACAGCUACGCUUGUGAUUCUGGUCCUAUCCCAAGCUGUGCAGCCUCCCUGUAACCCCUAAGCAAACAUUCCUUGUACGAGGUUUUUGUAAUCCAGC